GUCUUGGCGGCAUUCUGGUGUGCAUGAAAGUCCCCUCAGCAUCGAGUGUGGGCUCUAUGCAGUCGUUUGCAGCAGGUAUCAUGCUGACCUUGUCAUUUCAUGAACUGCUGCUACCUUCGGCGGAGGUGAUCGGUUUCCCGAUAGCCUGUGUGUGCACAGUCAUGGGUAUGCUUCUAAUGCAUACUAUAUCUCGGUGUUUACCCGCGGACGACGGAGAUGGAGUGCAGAAUGUGCUGUUUCAUGAUGGCCGGGACGAGGACAGGAAGUUCUUUCGUGUCGGCAUGGUAUCGUUCAUUGCCAUGAGUCUCCAUAAUGCUCCUGAAGGGCUUGCCGUGUUCUUAUCUACUAUGCAAAACCCGCAAUUCGGUGCGAUAUUCGCGCUAGCCAUCGCCCUUCACAACAUUCCGGAGGGUAUUGCGGUUGCGGCUCCGCUCUACAAAAGCACACGCAGUGUCCGUUAUACACUAAUGGUGACAUGCAUAGCCGGAAUGUUUGAGCCGCUGGGAGCGCUCACGGCCGGCUUUUUCCUUGAACCCUAUAUCACCACUACGAGACUGCAUGCCCUACUCGCCUCAGUUGCUGGCGUUAUGAUACAUAUGUCCGUUAAUGAACUGAUUCCGACAUCCCUGGAGCAUGCUGGGAAACAACAAACUGUAUUAAGCGUCAGUAUGGGAUUCGCCGCGUGUGUACUGCUUACCUUGACACUCCCAGAGGUUUAAACGUCCGUAUGCUUCGAUACACGCUUUACAGAGCGGUCGCUUGUUAUCACAUGCUCGAACACAGGAACAAUUACUGUGAUUCGAGCAUCUGGUUUCUCAUGGCUUAGUCUGGUCGGCCUUGCUGUCAAGCUGUGUGCAGGGAUAGAGGAGGGAAUGCACAGGAUUCUAUUUAAUCAUAGCCUUGUUUCAUUUAGAAGACUCUGAUUUAAUCGGCCUUGUCGGACAACCAUAAGUAUUAAGAUUUUACGCAUCUGUCAUUUGGUCUGUGACCUUGACGCGG